GAACGACCACCUUAAGUCCUUAACCCAUCGAAGCCGCUUCUGCUGCAGUUGCCAAACCUCAAAACCCUCCUUAACGAAGCACAUCUCUCUUCGCAAACCACUUUCUUUCGUUCGUUCUUCUUUUCUUGUCUCUUUCCAAUGGAAGACGACGAUGAGUUCGGAGAUUUGUACACUGACGUUCUCCAACCCUUCACUUCCUCAUCCUCUGCGCCCCAACCGUCACAACCACAUCACUCUUCCCCUGCACCUGCACCCGCACCCCCUUCCAUCGAUCUCAAUCUCACCGCCCCCGAGAUCCCCUACGCCCCUUCCCACUCGAAUUCCCCUGCAACUCAUCGCUCUUCGGACCUUAUGAUUGAUGGCCGCGAUGACGUCGCUGCCGUGCCACCGGAGCCAGUCGUAGACGCUAGGGUUCCCCAUGGCGGCAAUGCUGAAAUCACCCCAAGGGUUUCUCUGGAUUUGAACCGCGGCAAGGAAUUGGCAUCCGGUGUGGACGCUGGGACAAAAGGCGAUGAUUUGAUGGAUAAGGAUGUGAAAUUCGAUAUCGAGGAUGACGACGGCGGGGAUAUUGGUUCGGAGCCGGUUAUUCCGGGUCUUUUAGCUGAUGCUACCAGUGGCAGCGGCGGUGGAGAUGGUGGUGAGGAUUUGAGGAGGGUGGAAGGAGGCCUCGAGGGUGGCGGUGCUGAUGAUGAUUGGGAUAGUGACAGUGAUGAUGAUUUGCAGAUAGUGUUGAAUGAUAACAGCCAUAUGGCAAUGGAGAGGGGUGGGAUGGUUGGCGAUGACGACGACGAAGAUGAAGAUGGCGGGUUGGUUAUUGUGGCAGACGGUGAUCCGAAUCACGGAGGGGAGGAGCAAGACUGGGGCGAGAAUGCCACAUUGCCUUCUGAUGGCGAGAGGAAAGACGCCGAGUUGGCCAAAUCCAGCACUGGAGUGGCUGCGCCACUCAAAAUUGGAUAUAGCGGUCAUGGUUAUCAUCCAUUCCAUUCACAGUAUAAGUAUGUCAGGCCUGGUGCAGCACCAAUGCCCGGAGUUACCACUUCUGCUCCUGGAGGGCCCCUUGGUCCGAUUCGUCCGCUUGCUAACAUGGCUGGUCGUGGCAGGGGGGAUUGGAGACCCCCUGGUGUAAAAGGGGCUGCUGCAAUGCAAAAGGGUUUUCUUGCAGGUUCUGGAUUACCAGGUUGGGGCAACAGUGCAGCAGGGCGGGGUUUUGGUGGUGGCCUAGAAUUCACACUUCCUUCCCACAAGACUAUAUUUGAUGUUGACAUUGAGAGCUUUGAGGAGAAACCAUGGAAAUAUCCGAAUGUUGAUGUGUCAGAUUUUUUCAACUUUGGGUUGAAUGAAGAUAGCUGGAAAGAUUAUUGCAAACAGCUGGAACAACUACGCCUAGAGUCUACAAUGCAAAGCAAGAUUCGUGUUUAUGAAUGUGGUAGAACAGAGCAGGAAUAUGAUCCCGAUUUGCCCCCAGAGUUGGCUGCAGCUACUGGUAUACAUGAUGCUCAUGUUGAACAUGCAAAUUCUGUUAAGUCAGAUGUUGGACAAACUGAUGUUGUUAAAGGUUCUGGACGUGGUCGACCGCCACUACCAACUGGUAGAGCAAUUCAGGUGGAAGGUGGCUGUGGUGAACGUCUUCCUUCAAUUGAUACCCGUCCUCCUCGGCUCCGUGAUUCAGAUGCAAUCAUUGAGAUUGUUUUACAGGGUGCAGAAGAUGAUGAUUCCUCUACUGGCAUUGGUGCACAAGAUCUACAAGAUGAUGGAGAUGGCACAGAACCCCCAAGAGAGGAUUUCGGAGAAGGCCAUGUAGUUAGACAUGAAAUUCCAAGGUUGGAGCCUGAGUACUUUGAUAAUUUUCCACAGGAUUAUAAUGGUCAAAAGAAAGAGCUUGGAGGAAGAAGGAUGCCAUUCAUGACUUCCAGUGCCACUAAAAUACCCAAUGGGGAUGAAAAUUCAUUCUGCCCACGUGAAGAGCCAAACAAUUAUUGUUCUAAGGGCCAAAAUCCCAGGCCCUAUGGUGGCAAUUUUGCCUCCUCACAUGAGGAAAGGUGGACGCAAAGAAGUGUGCGUGACCAGUCCCCCCCUAUUACCCCUGUUCAAGAAUUGGCAACUGAUGACAAUCAAAAAGAAGAGUCAGCUGAAAGCAUGGAUGGGAGACAUAGUGCACUUGUAUCAUCUCCUGUCACUAAGGAUGCACGGGAGGCCACUGUGGAGGAUAAAGAUAUUGAACUUGAGAAUGCUGGGACAGCUGAUGGCCGUGGUGGACUGGAAAAGGAGGAAACUGGUUUAAAUACAGUAGGUAAAAUGGAUAUGCACACGGAUGGGACGGCUAAGAGACAAGUAUUAACAUCUGAGGUUGAGCAACCUUUGCCUGACGAAGUUGACGAUUGGGAGGACUCAAAAGCUGCCAGAAGCAGUGAUAACAGCAAAGCAAGAUCAGCAAGCAGCAGGGAUAACCGAAAGCGGCGUGAAGGCUUUGAGGAAGAAGUAGUUCAAGAUUCACGAUCAUCACGUCUGGAUGGCAUCCGACAGCAGCCUGAUGAACAUGAGCAGGGACACUACAAGAGAGAGCAGGAUGGAAAGCAUGAACCUGAAAGAAAUCGCAUGCAUAAAGGUAGAGAGGGAUCACACCUUUACAAGGAACGUCAUCCUAGUUCUUCUCAUCUAUUGCAGACAAAUACUGAUGAAUUUGACAGGAAAAAAGAUAGGGACAAUUUUGACAUGGAUUGGACACAAAGAGAUGAUGAUCUCUAUAGCAGAAGGGUUAGAAAUGAAGAUCCUAGGAAGAGGGAUAGGGCUAAGGUUCGAGAAAAUGAGAGAAGGGACAAAGAUGAUAGUGCUCAUUUUAGAAAACAGUUAGAUAAUGGUGCUUGCAGGGUUCCUUAUGAUAAGGAUGUUGGGUCAAGGACUCAAGAAAGAGAAGUGGUGUUAGAUCCUAGAAAGAGAGAUGAUCUACACAGAACUAGAGAUAACCUUGAAGAUCAAUAUGCUACCAGGCCGAAAGAUGAGACUUCGCUACUUAGGGAGAGGGAUGAUAGGCAGAGAGAUAGGGAGGAGUGGCAUCGGAUGAAACAGCCACAUGAAGAACACCUACCCAAGCGUGAAAGAGAAGAAGGACGAACUUCUAUAAGAAGUGGACGAGGAUCUGAAGCUAAAGUGUGGGCUGGCCAGGUUAGAGCUAAGGAUGAACAUAGAGUUUCUGAAAAAGAACCCCAUUCUAGAGAAGGAUUGCGGCAUGGUGACCAACUGAAGAAGAGGGAUCGAGUUCAGGAUGAAAGUGCCCGUCAUAAGGGGCGUGAUGAUGCUUACACUCGUGGUCAAUAUAGUAGUGAGGAAAGGCGAUCUAGGCAGGAAAGAUCUAAUGGUCGCAGUGAUAACCAGAGAGUUCAUGAUAGAAAGCAUAAAGAGGGAUCACGCAAAAGCAAAGAACCUGAAAUUAGCGAUCCUAAUAGUUUAGGCUUGCCCAAGAGAAAUCAGGAAAAUCAAAGUGGUCCAGCCAGCGAGAAGGGCUUGAAAGGCUCUGGUGAUGAAGAACAUGCUGAGCAUGAAGUUCCAGCGCAUCGCCUGCCCAGAAAGCACCGGGAAGACAUUUCCUCAGAUGAUGAACAUCAAGAUUCUCAUAGAGGACGUUCUAAAUUGGAGCGGUGGACAAGCCAUAAGGAAAGAGAUUUCAGCAUUAGCAGCAAAUCCUCUUUGCAGUUCAAAGAGAUUGAUAAGAAUAAUAAAGAUGGGUCCUCUGAAGCUAGAAAACCUGUGGAUGAAUCUUCUAAAGCAAUGGAUAUUGACAACCAUCUCUUGUCCACUGAAGGGAGGGAAUCUGUAGACUUGGAGUGUAAGGAUGCUGAUGCAAAACAAUUGGGGGACAGACAGGAUCGACACCUUGACACAGUUGAGAGGUUGAAGAAGCGAAGUGAGAGGUUCAAGCUUCCAAUGCCAAGCGAAAAAGAGGCCCUGGCUAUCAAGAAGCUAGAGAGUGAACCACUGCCUACUGCCAACAGUGAAAACCCAGUUGAGUCCGAGGUCAAACAAGAGCGACCUGCCCGAAAAAGGAGGUGGAUGAGCAGCUAGAAUGUACUGAACUUUUGGCCAUCAUAAUUAUCCGGCAGAAUUGAAUCUAGUUUGACCAUGGGAAGAUAUCUAUCCGUUCAGCCUGAUCUUUUUGAAAAAUUAGAGACCCUGGCAAGCCAACCAUGCUUAGUGUUUGAUGUUGAAAAUGGAACGAACCUGUAGGGUUUGAUAUGAUUUGUACUUCAGUAUCUGAUUUGUACCCAUACUACCUAUACAUUAAUUGUACACUGUAUAUACAGAUAAAAUGUAAAACAUGAACUGCCAAACUAUAGAGGUGGCACAUAUUUUUGGUGUCGAAAUGUGGCUAACCUGUAUGGUGUGGGUUAUGUGACAAACCUGACCAUGGUUUGGACGCAAAAGGACACGCAUGGUUGGAGAGGCUGAACUGAGCCUGAGCCUGAGCCUGAGCCUGAUACUGGCAGGCACAGGUCCAUGGACGAUGAUUAAUUGAUUACCAAAAAUGAGGAAUUUUCUUGAUGAAGGCCGGUCCAAAUAAGUGCAUCUCGAUCACCAACCGUGUUGUUUCCCUCAUUGAAGUUACACGUUAGGAUGAUUUAUCUAUGUUGUAAAAUGUAACCAACAUUUUCAUUAAACUUGCUUCUUAUAUCUUUUUAACUCGGGAGCCGUGAAACUAAAGCGCAGAGCCCUUUUUUGUAUCAUUAGGCGGAAACUCUAAUGUGAUGAAAAAGAUAACAGAUAAAUGUAUUGUCAUUUGCGAUUUUCUUUUUA